AUGUUUUAAAUUUUAAGAAAUGUGUUUGAAGAAAGAAAUAAUUUUGAAAAUUAUUGGUGUCAUCUUUGUAAAAUGGAAAUAAUUUAAAGAACUUAUCAUUAAGAAGAAAAUUAAUAGGAGUAUUGCAUCUUAUGUGAUAGUCCAUUAGAAUAAAUGGCUUAAGGAAUUAACGAUUCAGAAUUAAGAUCUUUUGAAAUAUAUAUAACUCCUGAAGCUUAAUAAUUAAGAACAUUAACAGAUUGGACAUAGAACCUAAGUGAAAUAUCUGAUUUUCUAAAUUUUCUUGCUCUUUUAACUGAGAAUUUAAUUUUAUAAGAAGAUCAUUAAUAAGGGGCAUCAGAAUCAUAAAUAAAUAGUUUAAGGGAACAUGUAGUAAACAUGAAUGAUUAAUAAUAAACCUGUUAUAUAUGUUAGGAAGACUUCAAGAAUGAUGAAGUGGAAUUAGAGAUGAGUUGUUCUCAUAAUUUUCAUAAGGAUUGUUUAACAUAAUGGUUAAAGAUAAAUAAUUCAUGUCCUGUUUGUAGAGCUAAAAUCAAUUGA